UCCGUGGCUUCAUUUACGACAAACACGUUGUCGCCCUGGAUAGUAAGAACACUUCAAUGGUUAUUAUUCCACCACCAGCCCUUGAUAUUGUCAGACAUGAUCUCGUGGGUUUCAGUCAGCAUUUUUUGGACUUGUCUUGCCGUGGGAGUAUCGACAUCCAAAAGCUUUCAAAGUGGAAAUACUUCAACUUUGUCAAUGAUGAACAAUCGACAAGGACGUCUCUUCAGCUUGUUCAACAUUGUGACUUUUAAACAAGGUGAAUGCACCGUGGUAUCUGAUACCACCAUGAAAGGUACUUGCAUGACUUCCACAGAAUGUAUCUCCAAUGGUGGUGCCGCUGAUGGGAAUUGCGCCUCUGGUUUUGGAGUGUGUUGCUCCUUUGUGGUCAAAGGUUGUGGAGGAACCGUCGCCCAUAACUGCACUUAUAUUCAGAACACUGAUUUCCCAGCCAGUGGCUCAGGAGGAGAGACCUGCAAGUUUGGAUUCAAUAGGAUAUGUGAUAAUUUGUGUCAAAUUAGGUUGGACUUUGUUAAUCUGGUCAUGGCUCAACCCCCAUCAGCCGGGGCAAUGCUGCACGGGGAUUGUGCAACCAGUGGGGAUUUCCUCACCGUUGCUAGUCCCACCGGAAAAUCCCCGCCUGUGACGUGUGGAACAUUGACAGGCCAACACAUGUAUCUUGAGACUGGCUCAGCUGGAGGGGCUGGUAGUAUCGACAUAAAUUAUGGAUCUGCCAUCUCAACGAGAACAUUCAAAAUCAAAAUCACUUUUUAUCAGUGCGACUCCUUGAACAAGGCCCCAAGCGAUUGUGUCCAAUAUUUCACCGGCGUAAGCGGCACUUUCCAAAGCUACAACUAUCAAGGAGGCCAGCUCAUCGAUAACCAACGAUAUGCAACAUGCUUUAGACAAGAAGAAGGAUAUUGCACCAUCCAAUACAGCGAAGACGCCACAACAAGUGGCCCAGCCUUCGAUUUAUUCCUGGACGCCGCUAGUGCUCUCCCCGUUGCUCCUCGAGUAGCUAAGCAUUGGUCAGAUAUUGAACAAGCUUAA